AUGAAGACGACAUGGAAAGAUAUCGCUCCUGUGCCUACGAGCCAGGAGUUCCUCGACAUCGUCCUCAGCAGGACGCAGAGACAGCUUCCUACGCAGAUUCGCGCGGGAUUUAAGAUCAGUCGAAUUAGAGGUUUCUAUACUCGCAAGGUCAAAUAUACCCAGGAGACGUUCUGUGAAAAGUUCCAGGCUAUUCUCGAUGGCUUCCCGCGGUUGCAAGAUAUUCAUCCGUUCCACAAGGAUUUGAUGAACACGCUUUACGAUGCCGACCACUUCCGAAUCGCCCUGGGUCAAGUCUCGACCGCGAAACACCUGAUCGAAACCGUGUCCCGCGAUUACGUGCGUCUCAUUAAAUAUGCGCAGUCGCUGUUCCAGUGCAAGCAGCUCAAGCGCGCUGCGCUGGGUCGCAUGGCCACCAUCUGCAGACGUCUCAAGGAUCCUCUCGUCUAUUUGGAACAGGUCCGCCAGCACUUGGGCCGUCUGCCUGCUAUUGAUCCCAACACCCGGACUCUCCUGAUCUGCGGGUACCCCAAUGUUGGAAAGUCCAGCUUCUUGCGCAGCAUCACUCGCGCCGAUGUCGAUGUGCAGCCGUACGCCUUCACCACCAAGAGCUUGUUUGUCGGCCACUUCGACUACAAGUACCUGCGCUUCCAGGCUAUUGAUACCCCGGGAAUUCUGGACCACCCUCUGGAGGAGAUGAACACCAUCGAGAUGCAGUCGAUUACUGCCAUCGCCCACUUGCGCUCCGCCAUUCUCUACUUCAUGGAUUUGUCGGAGCAGUGCGGGUAUUCCGUUCCGGAUCAGAUCAAGCUGUUCCACAGCAUCAAGCCUCUCUUCUCCAAUAAGAUUGUGUUCCUCGUGGUCAACAAGAUCGACGUGAGACGCCCCGAGGACCUGGAACCAGAACUUCAGGAGCAGCUGCAGACGAUCCUGAAGGCCAGUGACGUUGAGCUGCUGCAGCUGUCUUGCACCACCACUGAGGGUGUGACAGCUGUGAAGAACGCCGCGUGCGAUAAGUUACUAGCGGAGAGAGUGGCCCAGAAGCUCAAGUCGGGAACCAACACCUCCGGCACCACUGGCGGACGUCUGGGCGAUGUUCUUGCUCGAAUCCACGUCGCUCAGCCGAUGGGCGGCGUGCGCGAGACCUUCAUCCCCGAGGCAGUGAAGAACCUCAAGAAAUACGACAAGAGCGACCCGGAGCGGAGGAAGCUGGAGCGCGAUAUCGAGGAGGAGAAUGGUGGUGCUGGUGUCUACAACAUCGAUCUCAAGAAGAGCUACGAUCUGGCGGACGACGAAUGGAAGCACGACAAGAUUCCCGAGGUGUGGAACGGCAAGAACAUCUACGACUUUGUCGACCCGGACAUCGAGGCCAAGCUGGCUGCUCUGGAGGAGGAGGAGGAGAAGCUCGAGGCCGACGGGUACUACGACUCGGACGAGAGCGUGGAGGAUGUCGAGGACGCGGAGAUCCGCGUCAAGGCAGACAUGAUCCGCGAGAAGCGCGUUCUCAUGCGCAACGAGGCCAAGCUCCGCAAGUCGCUCAAGAACCGCGCGGCCAUCCCGCGCAGUGCCAAGUCCAAGAAACUGUCCGAGAUGGAGGCUGCCCUGGACUCGGCCGGCUACGACGUCGACGCGGCCUCGUCCCGCGCCCGAUCCCAGAGCCAGGCGCCCCGCGGUCGGACAACGACGCGCAGCGAGAUCGACAACACCGACGCCAUGGACAUCGACAACAACGACCCCCGUGCGGCGAUUGCUCGUGCCAAGAGCCGUGCGCGCAGCCAGGCGGCCACCAACCGUCUGGUGGACGGUGUCACGGACACGACGUCGCGCUCCAAGGCCGAGCGUCUCGCCAAGCUGGGCCAGAAGAAGAUGAAUCGCAUGGCCAGACAGGGAGAGGCAGACAGACACACCACCGCCUCUCUUCCCAAGCAUUUGUUCGCCGGCAAGCGCUCCAUCGGCAAGACCCAGCGUCGUUAG